CCGUCAUGUUACUAAUAAUAGCAACUGGAGCGAAGGGAAAGUACAGGAAAUUUAUUGUUCAACUCCUUAAUUUUAUUUUCCGAUAGACCUUAAAAAAAGGUCCGAUAUUAAGGAAAAAUGCAGCCAACCGGUGAUUUGGUUCCUCAGAGCAAGCCGCUAUUCGUAGCUGUACACGGAGAGGGCCAGGUGAAGAAUGAGGCAGGAGGGUAUGUAUUCAAGUUGGAUGAUAUGGCGAGAUGCCAGCGCUUUCUCAUCAUGGGAUCAGAGGGAGGGACCUACUAUGUGAAGGAGAAAGAUUUACACAGGGGAAAUGUCAAGUGCAUAGAGAGACUCAUUUCCAGUGGACGAGGCGUAGAAGUGGUUGAUAAGAUCCGUGACAUCAGUGUCAACAGACGCAAUGUCAAGCAGAAUGCCCUGUUGUAUGCGUAUGCAAUCUGUGCCCGCUCAAACAAUAAGGAUGUGAAAAAACGGGCUUAUCAGUACUUGUCGGACAUCUGCAGGAUUCCCACACAUCUGUUCAUGUUCAUCAAGUUCUGUGAACAGGAGAGCAACACGGGGGAGAUGCCUGCUACAGGUACUGGUUGGGGUAGGGCACACAAGCGAGCAAUAAGUAGAUGGUACCUGAACUUUGCCAACAACCCCCAGCUGUUGGCCCGCUACGUCACUAAGUUCAAGAGUCGGGAGGGCUGGACCCACCGGGAUGUCUUAAGAUUGGCCCAUGCUCACACUAGGGAACCAGUUAUGGGUUUCAUCCUGAGGUAUAUUGUCAAAGGCCAGAAGAAGGCUCGAGAGAUGUACAUGUGUGAAGCAGCCCGUCAGACCCAGGAACUAGCUGCUCAGCAGGCCCUGGAUGCAGUCGGGACCCUCUUGGGAGGAAUAGAACACUCCAUGCAGACGACUGAUGCCCAAGAGCUAUGUGAGCUUAUUGACACCCACAAGCUCACAUGGGAGCAAUGCCCAUCCCAGUUGUUAAAGGAUAAAGGUGUGUGGCGCAAGUUGAUUCCGCACAUGCCCAUUGAGGCUCUUGUCAGGAACCUCGGCCGAAUGACACAGAUUGAACUGUUUGAAGGGGAAGAGGGCCGAGAAACUCUGGCUGAAGUUGUGCGCAAGAUCAAGGCCAUCAACCAAGAUCCGGUAAUAGUGGAGGAAGAGGAGGAGGAGGAGGUGAUGGAGACUGACCAGGGGGCACCACAGGUCUCCAGCACGCUGAACAAACGGAACUUCCUGCAUCCUUUUAAGAUCCUGCUGGCACUGGAGACGUAUAGGAACUGCAAUACAGAGCAUAAGAAGGGCAAAUCCACAUGGACUGCAAACAAAGACAUAGUUGAAGCCCUAGACCAGGCAUUUUACCAGGCGUUCAGUCAUGUGGAACCAACAAGGAAGACAUUUUACCUGGGUGUAGAUGUCAGUGGUUCAAUGAGCCAGCCGGUUCUGGGUUCCAGUACUAUUACCUGCCAAGUAGCAGCAGCAGCGAUGAUGAUGACAACAGCAAGAACUGAGGAAACAUGUAUCAUCAGAGGGUUUAGCAACCGUAUGGAGGAGCUGGGUAUAACAGCAGACAUGAAAAUGGAGGACAUCCUGAACCGAAUGAAUCAGAUGAGGUUUGGACAGACAGACUGCGCAAUGCCCAUGAAGGACGCCAUCGAGAUGAAGAGGAAAGACAUUGACGUAUUCAUUGUCUACACAGAUUGUGAAACUUGGGCCGGGAACAUUCAUCCUUGCAUUGCCCUGAACGAAUAUCGCAAGUAUGCUGGCAAGCCGGAUGCCAAGCUGAUUGUGUGUGGAAUGACAGCUACCGAGUUCACUAUUGCCGAUAAAGACGACAAAAACAUGCUGGACAUCUCGGGAUUUGAUUCAAACGCACCCAGGUUGAUCGCUGACUUCGUUCAGGACAAAAUUUAAAAUGGAGAAGAAUUGUUCCUUUAUUUUUAUUGUGUUGAAAUAAUGUUAUGUGAUAAAUUGACUGUUUAGAAUCUUUUUAAGUUGAAAUUAACUGUAAUACAAGUAUGUCUUAAAUGUCUGUAUUUAAAGUGAUUAUUUACAAUGAUGUGUCCUAUGAUUGUUAAUUAUAUAUGAACUAUUUAAGGACAUUUUAUGAACACAGUUGGGUUGUUAAAGUGCUUGGAGUCCAAAGGACUCCAUGCAUACUUAAACCAACCAAACCGCUUUCAUGUUCCCAGUAAUGACACCAAUCAUGCAAUUCUUUCCUUAUAUUUAUCCCAAUUGUUCAUUAUUUCUUUCAUGAAUUGUUAGAAAAAUACUUCAUUGUAUUUAAGAAAACCUAGUAGUAAUUCUUUCUUACCCAUUUUGUAAAUAUAACAACCCAACCAUAACUGGAAACAGUUUAUCAUUUAACGUUACAAUAAUGCAGGAAAAUAAUUACUUUUAAACGUAAAAUUGAAAUGCUAAUAACAACAAUAAGUUUAACAUAUAAUAAAUAAACACUUUCUUGCGUGUUUUUUUUCGCCUGCUGACACAAUACAAACAAUAAAAGAUAAUCAAUUUUCAAUAUACAUGUAUAUUAAUAUGCAAUGAUUUUCAAUCUGAACAUAUCCGAAAAUGUUGCGUACAUUGGAAAAUGUUCACCAUUGCUGAAAGGCAGUUCAUCUAAGGAAUGGAAGUUGAGAUGUUAAUAUAUUAUCAUGAAAUUAAUACAAAUUGUAUAACUGCUAAUUUUGAUAUGUUAGUUUUGAGUCUAUGCAUAUACGUUGUUAACAUAUAUAAGUAAAAAUGUUCUCAAGAUAAAAAAAAAAAUACAUCUGUCAGAGGAGCUAUUGUGAAAAUCACUUCAUAGGUUAAAACCUAAAUAGGGUUUUCUCCGGGCACUCUGGUUUCCCCCCCAACACAAGACCACACUCUCGCGUAAAAUCAUGUCAAUGAGAGUGAUUUAUAAAAUGUUGUAAUAACUUGUUACACAAUCCUUGUAAAAUAAACUCUGCAACAUAAACCUAUAACAUAAAAUAAACUCUGCAGGUUAAACCUAUAACAUAAAUUCUCGGAAUUGACUCAAAUUUUAAACUAUAUCAAUAUGAAUAUGUUAUCAAAACUGACUGAUUGACCCUUUAAUGAUGCAGAGAAUUGGUAGGUGUGUUUUUGAUUUGUAAUCAAUAUUUAUUGUUGUAGGUAUAUGAUACGUACCUAGUUACAAUAUAACAUGUAUUAUAAAAUAAUAAUGUAUGCCUGCCUUAAAUACCUUGGCAAUAACUGUUAAAGUUUUUGAAAUGAAACUUGGUACACAUCUUGUCAAUGACUUCGCACAUGUAUAGCAAAGCCAAUAUUUCUGGCUUUAAAAAUUGACGAAUUAUGCGAUUGGUUUGACUAAAAACAACAAUAAAUGUGUGCUUGGGAUGAUCUUGAUGUACUAGUUUUUGUCCAUGCAUUUCAUGUUUUUAUCAUAAACAGUGUGUUAUCCCAUUUUUUGCAUUGUUUCUUUCUAUAUUCAAAGCAUUUUAAGACAUUAAACUGGACCACUGUGUUGUGGAUUGAAAUUGUCAUUCAUCUAAUAACUCUGAAAUAAACUUUAUCAUCA